GAUUGUUCCUGUGUGGUUUCUGCUCCAGGCGUCCAACAUGGAGGCCAAACAGGAGUGGAUUAAGAACAUCAGGGAGGUGAUCCAGGAGAGGAUGACUCACCUGAAGGGGGCGCUGAAGGAGCCUGUUCAUGUGCCUCCAAAAACAUCAGCGCUGACCAAACCCAGGAACAACACCAAGAGAGAGGGAGGUGAAGAUGGAGACAGUCAGGGAGACGGCAGCAGCCAACCAGAUACCAUCUCCAUCGCCUCCAGGACGUCCCAGAACACGAUGGACAGCGACAAACUCUCUGGCGGCUGUGAGCUGACGGUCGUCCUGCAGGACUUCACGGCGGGAUGCAGCACCGAGAUGUCCGUCAGCACCGGUCAGACCGUGGAGCUUCUGGAGCGUCCGAGCGAGCGGCCCGGGUGGUGUUUGGUCCGGACCACCGACCGCAGCCCGCCACAGGAGGGACUGGUCCCCAGCUCCACUCUGUGUGUGUCCCACUCUCGCUCCAGCGUGGAGAUGGACUGCUUCUUCAGCUCAGGGAAAGGUAGGACAGACGGAUCCUUAACGACAUGCUGUCACUAAUCUGCUGCUCGACAUGAUCGUUAUGUCGUCUACACGUUCUCUAUAAGAGACCAGAAACAUUUAAAACAGUCAAAUAGAAAGAGAGGGCGGUCUUGAAGUCGUUCCCUCCUCACAGCGAGAACAGAUUCAUCUCAUCGCUUGUUACUCAAAGAGAAACUCCUGACUUCAUCCCACUUUCACAGAAUCCACGGCUGUGGAAGAAAGAGUCACAAGCAUCACACACAGCUGAUCUCAAUCCCAGUGUUGUCGGGGCUUUCCAGCUCCAAUGCUACAAAAUGCUCCUGUCCAACUGGCCAAUCACAGAUCACUAACAAACCCCCAUGUUUACAGAUGUGACAAUAAAAAUGUGCAGAUUCAUAGAAUUCAAACAAUCCUCUAAAAUGACGCUUAACCAGACGAAACAGAAAACCUUCUACAGUCAGGUUCACUUCAGGUGAUCUGAUCUGUGCUGCCCCCUACUGGAGAUAUGUCGACAUUACAACCUUAAACCCUCCCCCCCUCAGGCCUCCUUACCUGUGAGACACCCUGC